AUGCGAGAGGGGUCGCUGGGCUGCCCCGGAGCGGCUGCAGCUGCGAGGCCUGCUGGGCACGCCUUGGGUGCUAUGGACUUGGUGGCAGGGAUGGAAGUUGGGGCUGAAAUCGAAGUAACCGAAGACGGGACUCUGGAGGAGUUGCCUCUGCACUUGGAAAAUGCUAAGAACUGCCUCUCUUGGGAAUCCCUGGACAUCUCAAGCAGUGAUGAUGAUGGAGAGGCCUACUUCACCUUUUGCUUGCCUGUUCGAUGCCCACCUCGGCCUGUGCAGCGCCCUCCAGCUCAACGACCCUCAGCCCUUCCUUCCUCUUGUGAAAAAUGGAUCCCUCCCUUGUACCCCUGUCCCUUGCGGCCGAACCGUUCCGCCUCGCCCGGGAUCCCCGCGUGUGGCGCUUAUCAGUGCCAGCGGUGCCUGCAGGUGUUCAUGGAGGAGUGGCACUAUGCCCAGCACCUCCAGGACCACGCACGGGAGGAGGAGGCCCAGCUGCAGCUGGCCCGGCUGCCGCCACCGCCCCACUCCCCGCCACGCAAGCUGCGCUGCCUGGAGUGCGGCAAGCGGUUCCUGCGUCCCGAGCACUUUGCCCGGCACACCAAGUGGCACCUGAAGCUGGUGCGGAAGGGCAUCCGGGUCUGCCACAGGAAGGGCAGCAGGCGAGCCACGCAGGUCUCCUACGUUUACAAGCCCCUCGGUGCCGCGGAGAGCCAUUCGAGCGCAAAGGAGGCACCUGGCCGUCCAGGUGCGCAGGAGAGCCCAAGGCAGUGCAGGAGUCUCCCUGCCCCGAGACUCCCGAAGGCGAGCAAGCGGAAGGCUCUCAGGCAGCAGAGGAGGAGGCCUGCUGGGGGGUUGCAGGAGGAUGGCCUGCUCGGCGGCUCCUCCCCGGGAAACUCUGUGGCCGUUCUGGACGGGGACAUUGGCGUGAACUUCCUGCAGCCGUGGCAGAAGCAGGAGGCAGUUUUGGAAGGCCAGGUGGCUGGGGGACUGUUCCAGACAGCGGAGAACCAGAUCAUCAUCCUUGACGAGGAGGCGGGCCUUGUGCCAGCUGCCCCAGAGCACCCCUUGGCCGAGCUGCAGGCGGCCCUGUUUGACGGCCCGGGGAACACGACCCUGAGGCCGCUCUUCUUCAGUGCGGAUGAGCAGGCUGCCGCCCUGGACGCUCAGGUGAACCUGAGUUCUCUGCAGGUGGCCGGCGUCAAGGACCAUGCAGCCGUCGCGCCCAGCUGGGUUGGCCAGAACCCUUGCACGCUUUUCCGGACUGUGUUCCUGCAGGCUGAGGAACAGACAGCUGCCCUGGAUGGCCAGGCAGAGCCCGGCCCCCUUCAGCAGGUGAUCAUCAAGGCAUCAGAGGUCUCACCCACUCUCUACCUGGACCCAGAUCCUCACCUUUCUUCCAUGGAUCCAGCCUCUUUUCAGUUCGUCCCUGUGCAGCAAGAACCUCAAUUCGUAACUGUCCCGUAUGGGAAUUCAUUGGCCAUGGACCACACAGAGCCGACAGGUGAUGGGGAGAAGACAUGGGAGGUGCAGACGACCACCUACCAGUUCCCAAGUUACUUGCCCAGCCUGUACCAGCAGAGUAAGCAGCCACCGCCAGCAGCAACUGCCGGUCUUUCGCCCAAAAGCUCCAUGGUUGUCCGCCUGUUCCCGUGCUCCCCUGGGGACCACCCUGAGGUCUUGGACCUGGAGUAUGACACGGGAGGUGGCAUUCCGGUGGCCUCCGAGCCGUGGGAGGCAAAUGUGAGGCCCGAACAGGAAAGCUGCAGCACUGAGGAGCUGAUCGAGGACAACUUGGUUGUAGUGGAGGUAGACGGAAGCUCGGAUGGCCAAGGGUUGGCGGUAGACCUCCCUCAGAAGGGCUCUGGCAGACAGCCCUCGCGCAGGACUAUAAAGCCAACCGAUAGAAGCCAAGCUCGGGGUUUCACCUGCCCCGACUGUGGCGUGCGCUACGGCCGGAUGUCCCAGCUCCGUUCCCACCAGAAGGGGCCAAAGCGCCGAGGACGGCGCUGCCUGUGUGAAUGUGGGGCUUCCUUCCACGGCCUGCUGCAUCUCCUGCGGCACCAGCUGCAGCACCUGGAAGAAGCGCUCUUCAUUUGUGCUACCUGUGGGAAGUCCCUCAAAGGACACAGGGGUCUGGCAAGGCACGGGACCUGCCAGCCUGGCCCCACCCGCUUUGGCUGCCCCUGCGGAGUCCGCUUCCAGCGCCUGUCCCGUUAUCUCUGGCAUCAUGUGAGAAGCCAGCGGCCUGGCCUGCGGGUUUACACUCUCGCAGGCUUCCUCUCUUCGGCCUGAGGGGCCCACGUUGCCCAAGGCGGAAGGGAGGAGAGGGAAGUAUGAGUGCUUCCAGCUCGGAGGUGCAGAUUGGCGUUGGAACGUGAGGACCGGAGCCCCUUACAUCUGGGGGAUGCAGAGCAUUGCUCAGAAACGGUUUACCGGUUGUGAAGCUUAGCUGAUUUCUGUUGGGAUCUGUCUUUCGCACCUCUGGUGUAAUUACAAUGAAGAUAAUUAAAACAGCGAAGAUGCUGAGCCCCUGACGUCUUGCUGGCCUGCAGCUGAGGCUUUUGGCAGUGGAAGGCUGAGGGAAGCUCCUGGCAGACAUCGGGACACGAUGGUUCUGUGGGUGGUUGUGCGUUUAGUAGAACAAAGCUGACGUGUGCAAAACAGAUCGAGAGGAAUGGCUGGGAAAAGGCUGUUCAUGCGUGUAACUUGCGUGGCUGUGAAGUUGCAGGGUCUGCCGCGCCCACUUAGUUCUAGCCAACAAAGUUAGUGGUCAGGAGUGAUGGGGAUUGGAGUCCCAACGUUUCAAUUCACCCACCCUGGGUUUCUUAGAAUGCUCCACAAUCCGGAAGCUGGAAAAUAUCCAAAAUAACCUGAUAUAAAAGAGAUCAAGUCCCAGGAGGUAAGAGAAUAAAGUGUGAUUUUGGGAGGGUUCCUUCAGUGAAUAAAAAUGUUAUUUUCUUA